AUGCUCUUUGAAAUCCUAUUUCUUUAUUUAUUUGGAUUAGCGAUCACGAAUCCGUUGCCAAAUCCUGAUUAUGAGGGUUUCAACGGGAUUUUCGACUCACCGGCUCAAUUUUGCGAUCAGACAAUGAAAGAGAUGUUCGGCGUCGAUGUGGUCGAGAAUCCCGGUUUCCCGGGUUUCAUCCAACAAAAUCGGUUGAAAGCGAAAUUUUGCGAAGACGCCGAAGAGGCUGUACAGUGCGCCGCCGGUACCUCCGAGCAUUUCUCGUUGAUUGGCGAUGAAUGUAUCUCGCAAUUUUACGAGGAUUGGCGAAAUAUCACCCUGCAAUUAACAAAGAAAUUCGGAAAAAAUGCU